UUGACAUUGCACCUAAUAUGUCAAAAUGAUUAGAAAAAGUAUAAUAAGUAAAACUACUAUUUCUUGGGUCACUAAAGACAAGAAGAAAUGCGGAUGGAUCGCAAAAGCUGUUUAUGUACAAUGUAUACUAGUAUACAUAGGAUCAGCUUCAAUCCUGAACUGCAUGUGGUCUCCGGACUACGCGACCAUGGACUUCGACAAGUUGGCCCGCAUCAUGUAUCUUUUCGACUCGCAAGCCUGUGGGUACAAGGUUCAGGUCGCGAAGACUGUCGGCAAUCUCAAGUUCAGCAAUAAUACCAGGGGAUUGAAAAUCUACCCUAUUCAGUGGAAACCGGCUUUAGUCACCGUGUCUACUAGGCUAUCAGCGAAGACGAGGAUCUAUAUAGAAAUGAGCCUGUCUCUCCAUAUUAUAUGGAUGAUGAUUACCUUCGUUUUUCAUUUUUUCACUAACAACUCGACAAAAAUCCGCUUUACAAAAAUAAGCCUUGCGGUGUUCUUUUACGCCUCUGUCUUCGUGAUCAUCUUUGACUUAUCCAUGGCUAUCGUCUACGUCUCCCAUAUCAAGCAGAGUCUCACGAAAGGCAUGGUCUUGAGGUACAGCGGCUGGAGUGUGCAACUCCGACUCGCCGCUUACGACGACUUCGCUGGAUGGCUCCCAAUCGGCGCAAGCAUUUGCUGGAUGAGAGGAAUUUUCCUCUUGGGUCUGAACAUUUACAUCUGUAAAAUCAUCUAUUUUAUCCGGAAGAAGAUUAAGAAGAAGGAAGUCGGGAAGAGAACCAAGUUUGAUAGCAACCCACCGAUACCAGAACCUAAGAGUUAUCCUCCCGAUGAUAAGAACAUUCUUUAUUUUCGUUCUGGGGAAAGCACACCGUAUAUUAAAAAGGAUAUUAGAAAGGAUUUUGUCCAUAGAGUAUUUUAUUAA